AUGGCGAAAUCCAUUUGUAUAACUCCUUGUGAUAAUAACAUAAAAUUUGCUUUUACAAAUGCAACUGAGGGAGCAAUUUUUCAAGAUCCAAAAUUCCAAGAUAAUUUUCAAGGAAUGAUUCAGAACUGCAUGAAAGCUCGAGCUUGUCAUGUAUUCAGAACAACCUUAAACCAUACAGCCCCACUAUAUAACUAUAUAUUAUCCUCGUUUAAGGAGUUAUUAUGUGACAAGUAUUACAUGGGUGCGCCAAAACAAUAUAGGAGGUGUGUAGAGUAAUACAAAACAGUAAAGAGAGUAUAGCAAAGCUUGCAGAGCACUAUAAUCUUAAUCCGAAGGCUAUUGUAAAAUGGAAAAAACGCUCAUUUGUUAUAGACGCUGCAAUUGGCCCAAAACAUGGAAAAUCAAAGAUGUCAACUCAAGGGGAAGAAGCAAUAAUUGUCACUUUUCGCAAGCAUAUACUUCUUCCUUUGGACAAUUGCCUUUAUUCUUUGCGGGCCAUAAUUCCUUGUUUAACUCGGUCUAGUUUGCAUCAUUGUUUGCAAAGACACGGCAUUAGCAUACUGUCAGAUGUUGAAGGAGAGAUAAAAGCCAAAAAGAAAUUCAAGCUAUGUCCAAUCGGUUAUUUCCAUAUUGAUAUCGCAGAAGUUAUAACAGAAGAAGGGCAGUUACAGCUAAACUUGCUUAUGUUAAACUGCAUAAUAACGCUAUAA